UGAAUGAAAUUAAUCAAACAUAAGUUGAUUACCCCACAUCAUUUUCCUCCAUCACAUAAUUUUUAUCAGAAAAAUUUUAAUACAUCAAGUACUUUUUUGUCUUCUAAGCUGAGUCCAAUAUAUUUCCUAGUCAGAUUUGCUUUCUUCCAGUUUGGUUUAUUAACCGCAGCACCAAAUUCUAACCUUCCUAGCUUUAUCUUAGGCAUUACCAACAUUAUUAGAACUAGCAUCAAUCAUAUCAUCCAGCUGAAUGAUAGGAAUUUCCUUUAUUCUGUGGCAUGCAAUUGCAAUGGCUUCCAUGUGCAACAUCUUCCUCAUAUUUUGCUUGUUUAAUCUUCUAGCUUCCAUAGGGCCAUACCCAUUUGUAGUUCAUUCAGCUAGUGAUGUUCCAAUUAAUGUAACCAAGCACUUCCACUUCCUUGAUUUCAGCUUCAUCAACAACCCAAGAAUUGUCCAUGAUGUGAAGCUCCUAGGCAGUGCCAAGUUCUCAAAUGAAAAGGGUGCACUUCAAAUUCCCAAUGAAUCACAAGAGACUGAUAUAAGACACCAAGCAGGUAGAGGUAUCUAUUCCUUUCCAAUUCGCUUGCUAGAUCCAACUACAAAGACCCCAGCUUCCUUUCAAACCACUUUUUCUUUUCAGUUGAACAAUUCCACCACCUCUGAGCAAAGUGCUAAUGGAGGUAGUGGCCUCACUUUCAUCAUAGUCCCUGAUGAAUUCACUGUGGGUAGGCCAGGGCCAUGGCUUGGCAUGCUUAAUGAUGCUUGUGAGAAUGAUUACAAGGCAGUGGCAGUGGAGUUUGACACAAGAAAAAACCCAGAGUUUGGAGAUCCAAAUGACAACCAUGUUGGCAUCAACUUAGGUACCAUAGUAUCUACCAAAAUCAUUAAUGUUUCUGAUGUUGGUGUGUCCCUUAAGGAUGGUUUUGUUCACCGUGCUUGGAUCACCUAUGAUGGUCCUCAAAGGAAAAUGGACAUUCAUCUUGGACUAGCCAACCAAGAGGUUUAUCCUUCUAAGCCUAUCUUCUCAGAAUCUGUGGACCUUUCUCCUUAUCUAAAUGAAUACAUGUUUGUGGGGUUCUCAGCUUCCACAGGAAAUCACACGCAAAUCCACAGCAUACUCUCUUGGAACUUCACUUCCACAAGCCAAGCCUUUCUUCGCUUCCCUUCAUCUGAAACCUGUGAGGGUAAGAUCUUACUUGAGAAUAGUACAACAGCAGCAGCAGCAACAACAACCAAGAAGUCCACUAAGAAUGAACCACCACACAGCUUUUUGAUUUUUGUGGCUGCUGUGGCAUUGGCUCUGGCUAUUUUCCUUGGUUUUUACUUCAUCAGUAAGCACAGAAGAAACGUUUCCAAGUUAAGCUCAUCAGUGGACACGGAAAUUCACAGGCCAAGGCCUCCAAACAAGCCACGUCGCUUCGCGUUUUCUCAGCUUUCAUCUUCAACUCGGUCAUUUAGUGAUAUAGAGUUGCUUGGUAGUGAUUCUAGAGGAGUGUACUACAGAGGAAAGCUUUCUAAUGGCAGCCAGGUAGCUGUGAAAAGAUUCUCAGCUCAGUUUCUUAAUACACAUGGCUCGGAUAAGAAGCGUUUGUUGAAGGAAAUCAAAGCCAUUAGUCAUGCUCGCCACCCGAAUUUGCUUCCUAUAAGAGGGUGGUGUCAAGACAACCAUGAGAUCAUGGUGGUCUAUGAGUUUGUCCCCAAUGGAAGCCUAGAUAAAUGGCUAUUUGGUGCUGGUGUUCUUCCAUGGACACGGCGACUCAAAGUUAUUAAAGAUGUAGCUGAUGGCUUGAGCUUCAUCCACAGUAGGCAACUAGCCCACAAGAACUUGAAAUGCAGCAGUGUGUUUCUAGAUGUCAAUUUUAGAGCUGUUUUGGGUGAUUUUGGGUUUGUGCUAAUGGGGGCAGAAUCAAAACAGUUUGAGUCAGCAGUGUGCCAAGGUGCAGAUGUGUUUGAGUUUGGUGUCCUUGUUUUGGAAGUGAUAGCUGGAAGGAUAAGAGAGGAGAAAGAGGAGGCCAGUCCAGAAGAGAGGAACUUGUUGGAUUUUGCUUGGAACUUGCAUGAGACUAAUGAGAAAGUGAAGUUGGUGGACAGAAGAAUGGGGUCAUUGAUCAACUUGGAGCAGGCAGUUCGUGUUCUGGAAAUUGGAUUGCUUUGCACUCUCAAUGAGAACAAAGGGAGACCCUCCAUGGAGCAAGUGGUGGGGUUUCUUCUUAACAUGGAGAAGCCUAUUCCAGAGUUGCCAAGAACUCGCCCUAUUGCCUUGUUCCCCUACAACAGUGCCAACACUGGACUUUGCAAUGCAUACUCUUGUACUUUUUGAGUGGUGUUACUGAAUGAUUUAUGUGGGUGGUAUAUGAAUAACUAUGAAAAGGGAUCAUUCUUAGGCCUGCAAUAAUGGAUUGGUCUUCCAAAUGCUGCAAAUAUUCAUAGUGCCGUGUGAUUGUGAAGAUGCUAGAUAAUUGUUGUAUUGUAUUAGUUUGGGGGAUUCUCUUCUUUAGAAGCUAGAAUUCGUUACUCUAUUUUGAGUCUUCCUGUUAUAGGGUAAGAGAAAAAAUGGUUGAUAAAGUUUAAAAGGGACAGCAAGUCAAUUUUCUUUU